UAUCAAAAGCAUAACGUGCUUUCCAAACGUCACUAAAAUGGAAACAACAUUUGGAGUUUGGAUGCAAGAUGCAGCUGAACGAUUGAACGAUAACCACAUUUGGAUGGCUGGACACUUUUCAGGUCGAGUCUUGCAGGAGUACAAGAGCAUUGCAUCAUUUCCUAACGGCAGGUCUAUUGACAUGAGGAAGUUCUACCAGGGUUGUGGCCACAUCAUCUACAAUGGGUCUGUUUACUAUCACAAUGCAGGAACCUCGAAAGUUGUCAAGGAUAACCUGAAGACCAGGAGAUUACAGACACUGGCCAUUGAGGAUGCUCUUUACCACAAUCGAACCUAUCUCUUCCACAACUCCAAGACGUACUUUAAGUUUGCUGUGGACGAACGGACUGUGGCUCAUAUAUGCUUCAGCUAUCAGUGGAACCGUGAUGGUGGCCAAGAGAAUACAGUCAGUCACAAUGCAGAGAAGGUUCUAUUAACAAUCAGAGCACACACCCAGCAAGACAACACCCAUCAAGCCUACACCCAUCAAGCCAACACCCAUCAAGCCAACGCCCAUCAAGCCAACGCCCAUCAAGCCAACGCCCAUCAAGCCAACGCCCAUCAAGCCAACGCCCAACAAGCCAACGCCCAACAAGCCAACGCCCAACAAGCCAACGCCCAACAAGCCAACGCCCAUCAAGCCAACGCCCAUCAAGCCAACGCCCAUCAAGCCAACGCCCAUCAAGCCAACGCCCAACAAGCCAACGCCCAACAAGCCAACGCCCAACAAGCCAACGCCCAACAAGCCAACGCCCAUCAAGCCAACGCCCAUCAAGCCAACGCCCAUCAAGCCAACGCCCAUCAAGCCAACGCCCAUCAAGCCAACGCCCAUCAAGCCAACGCCCAUCAAGCCAACGCCCAACAAGCCAACGCCCAUCAAGCCAACGCCCAACAAGCCAACGCCCAUCAAGCCAACGCCCAUCAAGCCAACGCCCAUCAAGCCAACGCCCAUCAAGCCAACACCCAUCAAGCCAACGCCCAACAAGCCAACACCCAUCAAGCCAACGCCCAUCAAGCCAACACCCAUCAAGCCAACGCCCAUCAAGCCAACACCCAACAAGCCAACGCCCAACAAGCCAACAUGUGA